AUGGCCGUAUUUCCAUUGCCCCAGCUUGAAGAUAAUGCUGUAUUAUUACCCAGUUCCCAAACUAACUCAACGCAGCCUCAGCUAUGUGACGUAUGGAGAGAUAUACAAGGUGCCCAUAAUUGGAAUGGUUUGCUUGAUCCCAUGGUGCCCAAUUUGAAAGCUGAAGCUCUCAGAUAUGGGAAUUUGGCACAGCUUUGUUACGACGCAUUUGAUGGCAAAAGCUACUCCAAAAACUACGGCACAUGUUAUCACAGUAAAAGAUAUCUGUUCAAUAAGAUGGGCAUGUCUGAAAGUGGCUACCAAGUCACUAAAUAUGUUUACGCCAAUACUAAUCUGUUAAAUCAAGUUUUUGGUGAGAAACCAAAAGACCAAGGUGUUUGGUUGGGUUUUAUUGCAGUUUGCACGGAUCCAAAUGAGAUAAGAAGGCUUGGACGACGAGACAUAGUGAUUGCAUGGAGAGGAACUCAGACUGCAUGGAGAUAUUCUUGCGCUGCAGGAGCCACUGUGAACAUCAGCUCCAGAGAUUUGGUAGUCUCAGAGAUAGAACGAUUGAUUCAAGUUUAUGAAAAAGAGAUGGACAAUUUAAGCAUAACAUUUACGGGACACAGCUUAGGAGCUGCUCUUGCAACCUUGAGCGCUUAUGAUAUCAAACAAAUGCUUUGCGCCAAGCAUAAUUUUCAUCAAAUUCCCGUCACCGUCUUCGCUUUUGCCUCUCCCCGGGUGGGAAAUCCUGCGUUUGCUAAACGGGUGGAGGAGAUUGGAGUGAAAGUGCUGAGGUUUGUGAACAAGCGUGACCUGGUUCCCAAAGUGCCCGGAGUUUGUAUGAACGAGAACGUGGGAUGCCUCAGCAAAUUGCUGCAUUGGCUUCCGUGGACAUACUUUCAUGUUGGCGUCGAGCUUCCUUUACACAACAAUUCUCCAUUCAUUCAGCACACCCAUAAUCUUGCCUACUUUCAUAAUUUAGAGCUUUACUUGCAUUUACUGGACGGGUACGUUGGAAGUAAGCAGCCGUUUUCUUGGAGUGGAAGAGAUCAUGCUCUGGUUAAUAAGAGCUGUGAUUUAUUGCGCGAGAAAUAUGAAAUUCCUCCAAAAUGGUGGCAGGAACAGAACAAGGGCCUCGUUAAAGGUCCAGAUGGCAAAUGGACGCAGCCAUCAGAAGAGGAAUAA